CGUAGUUUCCUUUCUGGCAACAUGGCUGCCAUCAGAAGUGGGGUGACUCCGAUAUGUAUAACAAGAUGUUUGCUGAGGGGAAAGCAUGCCAGCAACCGCCAGGGACUUUCACACAUGCAAAGCAACCGGUUAAUCCAGUGCUCUCAUCUCCACACCAUGUUUGAGAGCACCAGCCGAGGCACCAGGACUCUCUUAGGUGGCAGGCAGCAAGGGAAGCUUCUGUGGGUCAACGCUGUGACGGUCAGACAAAAUAGCUCACAGGUUCCUUCUGAGGGAGGAUUCAUGGUGGCCACUGACAGUCCACGGCCCCCUGAUGCUCAACAGGUGUUAACCCCUGCAGACCCUGCUCCAAUCCUUGCCCAGCCUCUCACAGAAAAGAUGACAGUCGAAACAGUUUCCACAGCAGCCUCUACACCGGUGGACGUCACACCACCUGUGAUGGAGCCAGUGCUUGAUGCGGCAACUACUGCAGCUGAGGUUCUACAAGCAGUGGAACCCCGCUUAACUGAGUUAGGGCUGGGUGCCUACACUCCUGUGGGCCUGAUCCAGAACAUUUUAGAGUUUUUCCACAUGGAUCUUGGUCUGCCCUGGUGGGCAGCCAUUGUAACUGGAACUGUGCUUGCCCGCUUGGCGGUGUUUCCUGUCAUUGUCAAGGGUCAGAGGGAGGCAGCCAAAUUAAACAACGUCAUGCCUGAGAUGACCAAACUCACCACCAAAAUGAAUGAAGCAAAACAGAGUGGAAACAAAUUUGAAUUUGCUAAAGCCUACACUGAUCUAAACACGUUCCAGAAAAAGCAUGAUGUGAAUCCAUUACGUGGCUUUUUGGUGCCAAUGGCUCAGAUGCCCGUCUUCAUCUCCUUCUUUGUCGGACUGAGAAAGAUGGCCUAUCUGCCGGUUCCAAGCCUGCAGACAGGAGGCGCUCUAUGGUUCACUGAUCUGACUGCUGCUGAUCCAUACUUCCUGCUUCCAAUUGCUGUCACAGGAAGCAUGUUCCUCAUCCUUGAGCUUGGUGCAGAGUCUGGCAUCGACAACCCCAAUCUUCGUGCAAUGAAGGCUGUCUUCAGGAUCAUGCCCUUCGUAAUCCUCCCUCUCACAAUCAACUUUCCUACGGCCGUGUUUACCUACUGGCUGACCUCCAACUGCUUCUCCUUGUGUCAAGUGGCUUUGCUCAGAAACCCCACUGUCAGACAGAAGCUGCGGAUCCCAGAGAGGAUCAUACACCCUCCGUCUGCCCUCCCACAAACGGAGGGCUUUUUCGCCAGUAUGAAGAGUGGCUGGAAGAACGCUCAGUUGGCCCAGCAGCUGGAGGAGAGGGAUCGUCGGAUCAAAAAUCACCUGGAUCUUGCUGCUAAAGGUCCUCUGAGACAGACGUUUACUCACAAUCCUGUACAGCAGACUCCUCCUAUAUCUGCAGCAUCAGCCAAAGACAAAGGCAGUAAGAAAGCCCAGCAAUGGCGAGACACACUGGGCUGAAUGAGACGAAGGGAUUGUGUACAUAGUGUUGGGAAGUGGACAAAACUUCAGUGAAAUAUUAUUCUGAUUAAAAGGCACUGUCUACCUUUGA